CACAUACGUAGUUUGUGUGUGUGUGUGUUAAGAUAUGAUGAUUUUUAAAUAAUAGAAAUAUAAAAUUUGUCAAAUUUAUUUAAGCUCCAACGAUAAGAAGAAAAAUUAAGGCCUUAAGUUGGAACCAUUCAUGGAAACACGCGAAUCACCGCGUAACCAACACGAUCUUCGACAUUAACGAUGCGUUACAUCAAGGUCAUAUCGGUCUCCCCUCUUACAAAAUAAAAAAACAUUGACACUGUUGUUACGCUAAGUUUCCAGCUGCAACUCAUUAGGGUAGCCAUUGGAAGAGUUCUCCAUUAGGACGCAAUCCGGUCGAGUUUGUUGCUUACCCGGUCAUUCAGCUUCUGCGUCCCGAAUGUGCGAAGUUCAGCUGGGUAGAAAAAAAAAGGCACAGCAUUCGCUUUUACGCGGUGAAUGAGAUGCUCCGUAUCUGCAUGUGGGGUUGGUUGGAUGCGUCACACCGAUGACUAUUUGGUAGCGCACAUUUUUCGAUGCUAUCAUGCUCGAUGCAAGGACGACAAGUUUAACUGUGAACCGGUUAGUUUGGAAGUACGAACAUGACACAAAAGCAUAUCUCAGAAUGGUUCGAGUUCACCAAAAAGGUAGUGCUCGCUUAGCUCUUCUGAGAAGAAAACAAAUUGAAAAAAUGGCACACGGAAAAUCCUGUGAUUCACUCAGACACAGUGGGAUGUGAUGUGGUGAACGUAUGAACCCGUUCGCCUGUACCGCUUAUAGGACGUUCUUCUGAUGCAGUUACGACACCUGUCGGCCCGUUUGGACUUUGCCAUUCAAAUUGUGUUGGAAUAAAGCAACAUUAGCGAAUAAUACGUGUGGAGAAAACUGUGUCACGAUUUAAUGCGAUCAAAUAGAAACGUCCGACAGGCGGGGUGUGUGUAAACCAAAAAAAAAGGUUAAAGUUCGUCCUGUUUGCCGCAUGUCUGGCACGAUUUAUCUUUCAACACUAAAAUAGCAACCAUCUGAAGAAAGGCCUGUACUAUAUUGUGGUAUCAUAUCGUAAAUUAUUAUAAACAACAAACGGGCUGGGUUGCCUAACAUCCUCCUAUGGAAAGCAAUAAAUCGUCGAUAAAGAGACUUGAAUUGUCUUUGUUUCGACGGAAUCUAUCAAUAUACCGCUCACACUAAUAAACAUGAUGAUGAAUGAAUGGUUAGAUGAUUGUAUGCUGCCGAAACUUGUGAUAAGAUAAUACCUCAGCCGGACAACACAUCAAUACCAUCCUAAAUCGUUUUCGCUGCUUGUCUUAUUAUUUAUCGUCUGCUUGGAGCUGAGUGAUGAAGUGCUCUAUGUAGGUGAGAAAACGGUUUUAAAACAAAAAAAAAACAUCACCAUAAAUUAAAAAACGAAACGAAGCGAAGAAAACGUUGCAGAUCACGCGACGUGCAGAUCGGCAAAGGGGAGCAACUAUUACAGGUUAAGGUACGGCUGCUGUCCAAAAAUCAAGUACCCUGUUGAUAAGAUAACCUGAAGAGCGAUGGGCUUGUUUCUUGCGUUGAAUAGAAAUGUGGGGUAAGGUGGCACCCUUGCUCAUCCUGUAUCUUCAAUGAGUCAAUACGUCACGGAAUUUGUGAGAUAGAGUGUACAGAUUCAACCGGUGUGAAACGAGUACAUAUGUUGCUUAUGUCAAGUGGGUAAUACCUGUAAACAGUAAGGUAAUGUUUCUAUAAGAGCGAUUGUUGGUGUGUGACUAUUUUUUUUAAACGCAAACUCAUUAAUCCCUUAGCACUGUACGCAAAGGCGAUGUACGUUUUAUCAAACUUUUCAAAAGACAUUUUUUUUUGCUAAAAUUUACAAUUGUUUCCUAGAGAGUGGUUUGAGUGGGAUAUUGUAUAGUUGAUUGAUUUCUUUCUGCUUUCAUUUUUCUGUGAAGUUAUAAAUUUAUUUUAAAUCAAACUAUAGUAUUUAUGAUGUUAUAUUUUUAUUGCUUGAAUGUUAAUAGUUGAGCUGGCAACAAUUGUUUUCAGUGCCAGUUUUCCAAUGGUAACCACCAUGAAGAGGAGCGUUCAUGACAAUGUGGCCUUUUAUUCAACAUGGCGGGACUCCCAGGAAUGGGCUAUCCGAGAGUCAAUCGUCUCAAGAGUCCAUUAUCAUACUACUUGAAACCAUCGUUCAUAAAUUCUGCAUGAGCGGAAUCUGCCCUUGACAUCAUAUGUAUCAAUCCACGCGGGGUGGGUGGCUCUUGAUAGCUGCUGCAUAGCAGAUAUGGCAAGGAAAGGUUUAAUAAGUAUUUUUUUAUCAGCUCGUAAAGUCGUCUUAUCAGUUGUCGAAGAUUAUGGUUCUACAGCCUGGCCGCGGGAUUACUGCUUUUAACUGAAUAGCGUACCCAUCAGUAGUGCUCAGUCUGUUAAUACACCUCGGAUGGGUAGUAUUAAAAUUGUCUAAUUAUUAAGUACCUCCUGGAAGUUCCAUCCCAGAGCUUCGCUGCAAGAGUUCAUCCAUACCUAGUGCUAGAAUGUGUUUUUAGAUUUUAUAGGUGGAAGGAUUGUGAAUAAUUGAAAAUUGUGAAUUGAAGAGAUGGCCGAUUCAACCAAAGAAGAACAGCCUGCCGCCGUACCAGAGGUCGGGGAUGUCGAAGGCGAACCAAAGAAGCUCAAGUAUCCCCGAGCCAUUCCGUUUAUCAUCAGCAAUGAGUUUUGCGAACGGUUCAACUACUAUGGCAUGCGAACCGUGCUGGUACUGUACCUCACGAGGAAACUGGAUUUCGACGAUGAUACAGCCACGGUACUGUAUCAUACCUUCACUACCUUGGUGUACUUUAUGUGCGUGAUCGGGGCUAUCAUUGCGGACAGUUGGUUGGGCAAAUUUCGCACAAUAUUGUACCUGUCGAUCGUGUACACGAUCGGUAGCGGAUGCAUUACGCUGGGGGCCAUACCGAGCUGGGAUCUGGACGCACGUGCGAUGACCAUUGCCGGACUGUUGCUGAUCGCUUUCGGCUCGGGUGGAAUUAAACCGUGCGUUGCCGCGUUCGGUGGCGAACAGUUUAAGCUACCGGAACAGGCAAAGUAUUUGGCGCUGUUCUUCUCGAUGUUCUACUUUGCGGUCAAUUCGGGCUCAUUCGUGUCGACCAUGGUCACACCGAUUUUACGCGAAGAUGUGAAAUGCUUCGAUGACGAUGAUUGUUUCCCAUUGGCGUUCGGCGUACCCGGUGUGCUGAUGGUGAUUUCCAUCAUCAUAUUCAUCAUUGGCAAGCCGCUGUACAAGAUAUCCGCACCCGCGGGCAAUAUGUUUGUAAAGGUUUCCAAAUGUAUUUGGACUGCCAUUCGGACGCGAUCACGUGAAAAAUCGAUCAACCCUCGUGAGCACUGGUUGGAUUAUUCAGAGAAGCGCUGGGGACGCCAGCUGGUCGACGAAACGCGCAUUCUGCUGAACGUACUAAAGUUGUACAUUCCUCUGCCGGUGUUUUGGGCGCUGUUUGAUCAGCAGGGUUCCCGCUGGACUUUCCAAGCAACCCGAAUGGAUGGCGACCUGGGCUUUUGGACGAUUAAACCGGAUCAGAUGCAGGUCAUCAAUCCUCUGCUUAUUUUGGUGUUCAUUCCGCUGUAUGAGGUCGCUUUCUAUCCACUGUUAAGCAUGAUCGGAAUUCGGCGACCACUGCAGAAGCUCACACUGGGCGGUAUAUUUGCUGGCUUGGCAUUCGUGAUUUCAACUAUCGUCGAAAUUCAACUGGAGUCUACCUACGCCAUCAUUCCGAAGGAAGGAGAAGCUCAGCUGCGAAUAUUCAAUGGCAUGAACUGUGACUAUCGCGUCCAGUCAGACAUACCAGAGUAUGCCGACUUUACACUAAAGAGUAUGAGCAUGUUCGAGGAGAAGUACCUCAGUGUGAAGGGUAAAGCCACGUACACAUUCACGCUUUCUUCCACUGGCCCUGGACUGAAUUGUGCUGUGCCGGAGCAGCAGCGUACGUUUGAGGUGGAGGAAGAAAAACAGAUGUCCUACUUUAUCCGCAAACAGGACAACGACAUCAGUCUGUUGCGAUACGAAGAUGACACAGAAAAAUCGUCCAAGGGCUAUCCGAUGUACAGAGUGCUGGGAAAUACGGCCACGAACCGCACGGUAGUGUUUCGAGACAUUGACUCAUCCGAUCCGUUCGACAGACACAAGAACGGUUCGUAUGUGUACGAUCUGGUGGAAUCCUAUCCUUCCGAUUAUGAAAUCUAUGUAGAUGGCGAGCUGACAUUGACCUACACGAUGAGACUAGGAGGCGUCUAUGCUUUCAUUGUGAGCGAUGCUGAUGGAAUGACCACUGAGCCCAUCAUCGUCACCGAACCGAACUCCGUCAACAUGCUGUGGCUGAUUCCUCAAUACGUAGUUAUGACUUUGGGCGAAGUGAUGUACUCCAUUACGGGACUGGAGUUUUCGUUCACGCAAGCACCGGAGAGUAUGAAAUCGGUACUGCAAGGAUGCUGGCAGCUAACGGUUGCCGUGGGCAAUCUGAUUGUGGUUAUCGUAGCUGAAGCAAAAAUCUUCGAUGCACAGAAAUGGGAAUUUGUGCUGUUUGCUGGUCUAAUGUUUGUCGACAUGGGUUUGUUCUCUAUACUGGCCUGGCGCUAUAAACAGAUCCCGUUGAAAACCUAUGACGAGGAAGAUGAUCCAAAUGCAACGCUACCCAUUGAUCAGAAGGAACAAUCCGGGCUCGAUAAUCCCGUCUUUAAGAAAUCGUCAGACGAGUAGAGUUAGGAGCAAAUGAUCACAAGCAAACUACAUAUGACCUAAACUUACGUUAAUCAGAUACAAAACAGACGACGAAAACAGACGCGAGACUGAGGGAUGGAUAUAGUAGAAAAAGUGUGAAAAUGAGGGACAAACCAUACCAGAAAGAAAAAGAAAGUAGAAAAGAGAGAGAGGGAAAGAUGGAAGGAAAACAAAACACGUGGGGUGAUCCGAAAGAUCUAAUAAAUUUUCUAUGAAAAUUUUUGCCUAAUAAAGUAGCAUAUCCCUACAA